GCGCCAUGUCGUUCAGUGAGAUGAACCGCAGGACGCUGGCGUUCCGAGGAGGCGGGUUGGUCACCUCCGGCGGCGGCGGCUCCACGAACAAUAACGCUGGCGGGGAGGCCUCAGCUUGGCCUCAGCAGCCCCAGCCGAGACAGCCCCCGCCGCCGGGGCCGCCCGCGCUUCAGCAGCCCAAUGGGCGGGGGGCCGACGAGGAAGUGGAAUUGGAGGGCCUGGAGCCCCAAGACCUGGAGGCCUCUGCUGGGGCGGCCGCCGCAGCCGAGGAAACUAAGGAGUUGCUGCUCCCCCAAGACGCGAGCGGCCCCACCUCGCUGGGCGGCGGUGGCGCGGGGGGCCCCUUGCUAGCGGAAAGGAACCGUCGGACUCUGGCCUUCCGAGGAGGAGGCGGCGGCGGGGGUCUCGGCAACAAUGGCAGUAGCCGCGGCCGCCCCGAGACCUCGGCGUGGCCCCUGAGGCAUUUCAAUGGACGAGGGCCGGCGGCUGUGGAUCUGGACCUGGACGCGCUGGAGGGGAAGGAGUUGAUGCAGGACGGCGCGUCCCUGAGCGACAGCACCGAAGACGAGGAGGAGGGGGCGAGCUUGGGCGACGGCAGCGGGCCGGAAGGCGGCAGCUGCAGUGGCAGCAGGCGGUCGGGCGGCGAUGGCGGGGACGAAGUGGAGGGCAGUGGUGUGGGAGCUGGCGAAGGAGAGACUGUCCAGCACUUCCCGCUCGCGCGGCCCAAAUCACUAAUGCAGAAGCUACAGUGUUCUUUCCAGACCUCCUGGCUCAAGGACUUUCCCUGGCUGCGUUAUUCCAAGGAUACUGGCCUUAUGUCUUGCGGCUGGUGCCAAAAGAACCCCGCGGAUGGGGGGAGCGUGGACCUUCCCCAAGUGGGACACGAUGAGCUUUCGCGAGGGACCCGCAAUUAUAAGAAAACCCUUCUUCUGAGGCACCACGUCUCUACCGAACACAAACUCCACGAAGCCAACGCCCAGGAGUCAGAAAUACCAUCAGAGGAAGGGUACUGUGACUUUAAUAGUAGGCCAAAUGAAAACUCUUAUUGCUAUCAACUUCUGCGACAACUAAAUGAACAGAGAAAGAAAGGUAUUCUUUGUGAUGUCAGCAUCGUGGUAAGCGGAAAAAUCUUUAAAGCUCAUAAGAACAUCCUGGUUGCAGGCAGCCGUUUCUUUAAGACUUUAUAUUGCUUUUCAAACAAAGAAAGCCCUAACCAAAACAAUACUACCCAUUUAGAUAUUGCUGCAGUUCAAGGUUUUUCAGUUAUCUUGGACUUCUUAUAUUCUGGUAAUCUGGUGCUCACAAGCCAAAAUGCCAUUGAAGUGAUGACAGUGGCCAGCUAUCUUCAAAUGAGUGAAGUCGUUCAAACUUGCCGAAAUUUCAUUAAAGAUGCCUUAAAUAUAAGCAUUAAAUCAGAAGCUCCAGAGUCUGUAGUUGUGGACUACAAUAAUAGAAAGCCAGUUAGUAGAGAUGGUCUGUCUUCAUCACGGGAUCAGAAAAUUGCCAGUUUUUGGGCAACACGGAAUCUUACGAAUUUGGCAAGUAAUGUAAAAAUUGAAAAUGAUGGUUGUAAUGUUGAGGAGGGCCAAAUAGAAAACUACCAAAUGAAUGAUAACAGUUGGGUCCAGGAUGGAUCUCCUGAAAUGGCUGAAAAUGAAUCUGAAGGUCAAACAAAAGUGUUUAUUUGGAAUAAUAUGAGCUCCCAGGGAAUUCAAGAGACUGGCAAAACAAGGAGAAAAAACCAAACUACAAAGAGAUUUAUUUAUAAUAUACCACCUAAUAAUGAAACAAAUUUAGAAGAUUGCUCAGUGAUGCAGCCACCUGUUGCCUAUCCAGAAGAAAAUACGCUACUCAUCAAGGAAGAACCAGAUUUGGAUGGUGCUCUACUCUCAGGGCCUGAUGGAGAUAGGAAUGUGAAUCCAAAUUUAAUGGCUGAAGCUGGUUCUAAUCAAGAUGGAGGUGAUGCUGGUACUUCACAUGAUUUCAAGUAUGGUUUGAUGCCUGGCCCUUCAAGUGACUUCAAAUAUGGGUUGAUACCAGGUACCUCAAAUGACUUCAAGUAUGGAUUGAUACCAGGUGCUUCAAAUGAUUUCAAGUAUGGAUUAUUGCCGGAAUCUUGGCCAAAACAAGAAACUUGGGAAAAUGGUGAAUCAUCUCUAAUCAUGAACAAGUUGAAAUGCCCUCAUUGUAGCUAUGUAGCCAAAUACAGACGAACACUAAAAAGGCACUUGCUCAUUCAUACGGGAGUGAGAUCAUUUAGCUGUGAUAUUUGUGGAAAGCUGUUUACUCGAAGAGAACAUGUAAAAAGACAUUCCCUGGUGCAUAAAAAGGAUAAAAAAUACAAAUGUAUGGUGUGUAAGAAGAUCUUCAUGUUAGCAGCCAGUGUUGGAAUAAGACAUGGAUCUCGACGCUAUGGUGUUUGUGUAGACUGUGCAGAUAAAUCCCAACCAGGAGGGCAAGAAGGUGUAGAUCAGGGACAGGAUACAGAAUUCCCUCGGGAUGAAGAAUAUGAGGAGAAUGAAGUAGCAGAAGCUGAUGAAGAGCUGGUUGAUGAUGGAGAAGAUCAGAAUGAUCCAUCUCGGUGGGAUGAAUCAGGAGAUGUUUGUAUGUCUCUAGAUGAUUAAUUGACCUACUAUACUCCUCAAGAAUGCUGCAUUUGGACAUAAUAUGAAUCGACAAUUUGGAUUGUUGAACUUGAAGGCUUGCAAAAUAUGGUACAUGCUGGAUGGUAGUUAUGUUGCUGUGAAAACUGUAGGGUCAAAGCCUUAUAGCAAAAAAACAUUUUUUUAUAUUUGCACAGGACUGUACAGCAAACAACCAUGUGGUUGGAUUACAUGGAGUCCCCACAUAUUCAGUCAGUUAUCAAAGUAAAAUAUUUUUUAUUUAUAGGAUAUACAGUAACUAUUUGGGUCCUAUGAAAAUAUAUUACCUGUCUUUAUAGAGCUUACAUUCAUGUGCUACUUUAACAUGAGUGAAGAAAAUCCAUUUAUGGAAAUACAGUGACAGUUGACCCAAUCACUCUGUCCAUCAAACCACUCAGGCUAGUUUGUACUAGUAGAGUUUUGUUUCUAUUUUUAUUUUUAUUAAUUUUAUUUUUUUUAAUACAGAUUUUUCAGUGAGGGGCUUUUUCAACCCCAUUGGUUCUAUUUUCUUGUAUUUUUCCAUUUAAUUUGCUUCAUAACUUAAACCAAGUCUCUUCUAGUCUUAGGUAUUAUUUCUCGAUUUUGUGCUGAUGGGCAUGUUUAUAAGAACUGGAGAGAUAAUUUAUUGGAAUGAACUAACUGACGUCCCCUGCCUCCCCUUUCCUUUUUGACAUGAAUUUUACUACACAAAUGAAGAAUGAUGUUGCAGAGUUACCGUGGUGAAGUUGACAAAUACCACUUAAAUGAUUAUGAUUUAGAAGUAACUUCCUCUUGCUGCUCUAAUCUGAUAAAUGGUUACUAUAUGAUGUUUUCUGACAUGGUAUUCGGUUUUGGGUAUCUGUUACUUCGGCACUAUUCUUGUUGGCCUCUUUUUAUUUUUGCCAGUGUACUAUACCUCAGUCCUAUUUGAAAGACCUAAUCGAAAGUCAUAAAAAUAAUAAGUAAAAUGAUUUGUUUUAUAAUUUAUCCCCCAUGUCCAGUUUGGUUAGCUUGUUAUGCAAUAGAAGUGAAAUAUCAGGUUUUUAUUCCUGUGCCCUUUUUACCAUUAAAAUUAACACAAAACAUGAAUUCUCUUUUGUUUCAUACUUACCGGGAUAUUGAGUGUUAUAAAAUUACGAUUGAUAAUUAAGUUAAUUUAUUUUCCUAUUUAAAGUCACUACACCCCUACAAUCUUUGUAGUAGUCACCUUGAUUUAAUUAUCUGCAAAAAUCUUACAAAUAAAAUAAUUGAGAGGCUUUAUUCUCUUAACUAAAUUCUUCAGGGUACAAAGGGUGAUCCUUAAGUUGAAAUUGUCAGAUUUAUUUAGCCUGGUGACAAAUGAAUUAGCUGAUUGUGGAACUCUCAGCAAAAUUUCACAUUUUUGACAUGUAUCACAGUUUAUCACAAGUAUAGUGUAUAUUCUAUAAGAUUGAGGGACAUAUUUUCAGCUUUCUUUUAAAUAAAGUGAGUAUAUUUUCCUAUUUUAUAUCAGGUAACUAAAUUAUGCUAGUUGUGUGGAAAAAAUGCAAAGAUGCUUUGACAGAUAAUCCUUUUGGUGCUCCAUCUGAUCAAAGUUGAAAAGUUGAUAUGUUUUUUUUCAGAGCAAGCUUUAUCAUUGUCUCUGAUUUCAGUAGAAUAAUGGUUUAAUGUUAGCCAAUGAUGUUUCUGCUUGGAUAAAUCAAAGAUAAAUUACAGUUACAUGGAUAGAUGCAUCUUUUGUCACCUGUAUUUUAUUGUAGUUUCUACAUAACUGUAAACCUGAAAGAUGAAUAGUUUUGGUUUGAUUUAAAACUGAAAAGUAUCUUAAUGUUCUAGACAAAUAAGUAAAAUGUAUUUCUGGUGAGGUCCAAAGUAGAAAUUAGUCGGGCAAAAGUACUAUGAAUGCAAAGUAUUUUAAACGUAAAAUGUUCUUUGUGAAUAUGUAAGUAUAGUAUAAAGAUUUCUUUCAUCCCAUUUAUUCCCUUCCUUUAAAAUAGUUUACAAUUGGUAGAUCUGUCUAUAUAUAAAUAUAUAUUAAAGAGCAAAGAUAUAUAUCUAAAAAAUUCACCUAAAUCUGCUUUAUUAGACAGUUCACUUAUUGCAUAGAAACUGGACUUGGCUUUACAUUCUUAAUGUACUUUUACUUUUCCUCAAAAUAUGAAUUUAUUCUCUUGAAACUGAAUUUUCUUUUACUACUUAAAUCAUUUAUGUAUAUCUGGUAAAUUAUGACCAAAUUUUUGUUAGAUUGCAUACAGUAAAUUGAAAUACAUACUUGGUACACUACAGGAUUGUUGUGCUUUUGUUUUGGUUUUAGUUGGAAACAAGGUUUGAUGUAGAUGACUUGUUACUGUUAAUUUAAAAUAUUCUAUAAUUGUCCAUUACCUUCUAUGUUGUGUUGUGACAGAUUUGGCUAUAUUUUUAGUCAAUUGAAAUAUAAUACUUUAAAAGUUUGUUUUUAGGUAAUCCAAAGGAAAAAUGUUUAUACUCUUGAAUAUGUUAGCCUCAGCCUAUAUAAAAAUUUCUUUGAAGUAAACAUUUUACCAGAAACAGAAUUGACAGAUUUUUCUACUUGCUGACUGCCUAACUUAUUUUGUUUCAUGAUCUUGAGGGGCUUCCUUUUCCCGUCUAGAUCUUUUUAAAAAAUAGUUUUAGUACUUAGGUAUACUACUGGACAUUUCUAUUUUUUUAAGUAUAUUCUUUUUCUGACUUAAAAUUUCAGGAAGUUGAUAGAUACUAAGAACUUAUGGUUGGUCUCAGAGGUAGUAAUGGAAGACUCAAUUUUGUCUAUAGAACUUUGGCAGAAUUAUGUUACAUAUUUGGUGAAGUUUUCUCUUGUAAUUUAUAUUUUGAAUGAAAAAAAUAUUUUAGAACUAAUUUUAAUGAAGGGGAAGAGCAUGAGCUAUUUCAUAUUCCCUAUGUAGUAACAGACCCUCUCAAAUCAAGAUCAUGUAUUAUUUCUUAGUUACUUCCAUAUGGUCCCCUCUUUGUCAUAGUUCUUGGCACUCACUUUUUUUAUUUACUAGAUGUUUUGCUAAAUUUUAGCACGCUAGCAAUUGAGAGCUUAACAAAACAUUUCAGGAAGGGAAAAGGAACAGUAAUGAGGUAAUGAGUAGCUUUGAAAUGGGGGCGGGGGGAACACUAGCUAGUUUAGGCAGGGCCAUCCUGAUGGAGAAGAGUGAGCUUGAAUGAGUUAACUCCUGUAAAGUGCUUAGAACACUGGUACAUAAUAGGUGCAUAUACAUCUUAGUUUACACAUGAGAACCAAGAGGAAAAGGAUAAAUGAAAAAAGGGGGAAAGGAGGGAGAAAAUAGGAAAUGAAAGGAUUAGGAUUUGGAAAUUAACCUAAUAUAGUGUAAACCUUCUGGAGAUGACUGGAGUAGUAUAAUAUGAGGGAAAGUGUGAAGGAAAAUAGGUUUUUAAAAAUCUUAAAUUUUUGAAACUUCAGUGAGCCUUAUAUUUUUAGGAUUUUCUGAACAUAGCAUGAAGGUUUAAAAUUCAUUGUUCUGAAAAAUGAUUCUAAAAGCUUCCAAAUUUGAGUGCCCACACUUGCUGUUAUGCUGUAUGUAUACAUUUUAUCUACUCUGUAAGGCAGGUGCUAAUUGUCUCCAUUUUAUAGAUGAAGAAAUGCUCAGAAAAAUUCAGAAACGUGGCUAAUGCAGUCAUAAUCGUGCUGGGGUUUGAACAGGUCUGAUUCUGAAGCCCAUGCUCUUCCUAGGAGACUCUGUUGCUGCCUCAUUAAACAGCUCUUUUGUAGAAUUUCAGCUCUUUAACGGAGUCUAUGGAGAUUUAUAUUUUUCCUAUAAAGCAGCUAUGUUAGGAAUUUUGUGUCCUUCCCCCAACAAAUAUCCUUACUACCUUUUCCUCCUGAUAAAAAGAUUGUUCUGUCACUUUGACUUUAAGAAGACACAACCUCAGUGUAGCAUAUGCUAUUAAUCAGCUGUGGCAUUUUAAUUUUUAAAAGGGUGGUUUUUCAUCGGAAGGACUAGAUGUAAUAAACCCUAGUUUUUGUGCCGUUCAGUCACCCAGAUCCUUAAACUUAACUAUGGUACAUAAUAUACUUGUUUAGAACUAACAAAACAGGUGUUUCUUAGUCACUUUAGCAUUUCAAAUGGAAGGUUGUUUUCCUGCUGUAUCCCUGCUUUCAAGUGAAAUUGAGCAAUUCUAGGUAGUUUAAAGAUGUGUUAGGGAUAAGCACACUUUAAAAGAUGUUUUCUAGCCCUGAAUUUUAUGACAUUGGGUACUUAAAUUUGGAGUACACUAGCUAAUGAGAACAAAAUUUUUGGUUGUAGAGAGGGAUGGUUGAGGCCAUUAUGAAAUGGGAGAAUCAGCAUUUUAAACACUGUAAACAUAAAGAACACUUUCUUCUGCCUGCUGUUUGUAAAAGCUCUUUGGGAAGAUCUUUUACGAAGACCAAUUUUUUUUUAUGUAAAUUACCUACCUAAUAUAAGUGUCCUAAGACAUGUAUGUAAACUUCCGAAACUGUUUUGUCUGUGUAUUUACAAAAUACACAACAAUAUCAAACCUAAAAAUAUAAACUUGUGAGCACUAAA